UAUAGAAAAUGAAAUGCGCAUGCGCCGGUAUCUGGGUCAACAGGAGGUGUGCGUCCCCAAACGCAUGCGCAGAGGAAAGUGGCGACAGUGGGUAACUGUCAACGGCACCUCCCUCGCCCGUCUGCUGCCGCCGGAGUGACUGGGCUCGUUUGGGGUCUGAGUGGCGUCGACCGUCGUUUGCCUUUCCCUCCGCUUACAGCCUCCCACGAGCUUUCGGGAUUCUCAGCCUAGAAGUACAAGCAUCCGGAUGUGGGUGAUUGACUCAUGGCCGCAGAUAACCCAGUUCAUUCAUCCAGUAUUAACUAUAACUUGGACACAUUCUUUAGUGAACUUAGUGUAUGCACCUCUUGCUGGAAUAACAUCCCUGGCGACUGAAGUCUUCUUGCUACAGUAGAGGGAUAUUUCUUCAGAAAUGUUGUCUUUUUUCCCUCCUCUGGGAUUCUUCUUCGUUGAAGAGAUCUAUUGUACUUGAAAACAUACAGAAAGCUUUGUAGUUUUUACACAUCCAGCAGUAUUGUACCUGAGAUCAUUCUGUUCUCGGAAUGAAGAGGCUCAAGGAGACAGUUAAAGCUGAAGGUCCAGUUCCUAAAACCGAACAGAGAACAAAAAAGCAGAAAACCCGUUUCUACAGCUCUAUAUUGGACGCAUCCCAUCCUUACAACUUAAGAGACUGGGGAAGUCUGCCACACCAUGUAGUUUUGCACAUCUUUCAGUGCCUGCCUCUUGUAGAUCGUGCUCGUGCAUCUUCCGUUUGCCGAAGAUGGAAUGAAGUGUUUCAUAUCCCUGAUCUCUGGCGGAAAUUUGAAUUUGAGCUUAACCAGCCUGCUACUUCCUAUUUGAAAUCUACUCAUCCAGAUCUCAUCCAGCAGAUUAUUAAGAGACAUGCUGAUCACUUGCAGUAUGUCAGCUUCAAGGUUGACAGUAGUACUGAAUCUGCUGAAGCAGCAUGUGACAUCCUUUCUCAACUGGUGAAUUGUUCUAUCAAAACACUUGGCUUGAUAUCGACAGCAAAGCCAAGUUUCAUGAAUGUUUCCAAGGCACACUUUGUUUCUGCACUGACAGUAGUGUUUGUCAACUCAAAGUCAUUAUCUUCCAUCAAGAUUGAAGACACUCCAGUAGAUGAUCCAUCCUUGAAGGUCCUUGUUGCAAAUAAUAGCGAUACUUUAAAAUUACUUAAAAUGAGCAGCUGCCCUCAUGUGUCACCUGCUGGGAUUCUCUGUGUUGCUGAUCAGUGUCAUGGCCUUCGGGAACUUGCUCUUAAUUACUAUCUGCUAAGCGAUGAAUUGUUGCUGGCACUGUCAAGUGAGAAACAUGUUAAUCUUGAGCAUCUGCGUAUAGAUGUUGUAAGUGAGAAUCCUGGACAGAUUGAGUUUCACACCAUCAAAAAGCAAAGUUGGGAUGCACUUAUCAAACACUCCCCCAAAGUCAGUAUUGUAAUGUAUUUCUUCCUGUACGAGGAAGAAUUUGAUGCUUUCUUUAGGGAGGAAACUCCUGUAACUCAUCUCUAUUUUGGUCGUGCAGUAAGCAAGUCAAUGCUCGGACGUAUUGGAAUGAACUGUCCAAGACUGAUUGAAUUAGUUGUGUGUGCUAAUGGCCUUCAACCUUUGGAUGAUGAACUCAUUCGCAUUGCAGAACGCUGUAAGAAUCUAACGGCCAUGGGACUUGGUGAAUGUGAAGUUACAUGUCGAGGCUUCAUUGAGUUUGUAAAGAUGUGUGGAGGCAGGCUUACCCAACUAUCUAUUAUGGAGGAAGUGCUUAUUCCAGACAGUGACUACAAUCUGGAUCAAAUUCAUUCUGAAGUUUCCAAGCACCUUGGAAGAAUGUGGUUCCCUGAUAUGAUGCCAACAUGGUAAACUGUCUGUUCAGCAAAAAGCCACAGUUGUCAGAACUGGCUAUAUAGGGUGUUGCUUUCUAUGCAAACAAGGAAUCAUACUGAUACUGUAUUAUUUUUCUCCAUAAUUAAUUGCAUCAUUGCAGUGGUGCCACUUCAGAAAUGAAAUACAGAAUAUACUGUACAGAUUGAAAGUAUGUUUAUAAGGUAAUCAUGCUUAGUUUAUUCUCCAAUUAAUUGGAGUAUUUUUAACAGAUUUGUGUUUAAUAGUUAAGUACUUGGUAUAGUACAAAGUACUACAGUACUAGUGUUGUGGCUAAACAGUUUGGCCUUUCUGGUAAAAUGUUGACUAAUGGGUAUCUGAAGUUUUCAGUGGAAGUGCUGUGUUUUUGGUUCUUUUCAAUAAAACAUGGUGAUAACAUAACAAACUUCUAAACAGCAGCAGCUUGUAGUGUGGUGAGACAUAUAGUCUGAGACCUAUAUGUAUUACUGUUGUGGAAAAUUACAAGUUCAUGAUACAAUGGAACAAUUAUAUAAAUGUAUUAUAUCUAUUCUCAAAUUACAUAAGUUAUUACUAAGAUAAAUUAUUGCUCUUAUGGUCCAAUGUGGUAAGUACAUAGAAAGCACUGUUCAGUUUAUGCCAUAGAUGCUAGAAUUCUGAUUUUGGAUUGACAACAGCUCACAUAGUGUUUCAGUCGUAAAACAGAACUGACAAAGCCCAAGCAUCCACCUUUUGAAAAUUAUUUUAGUUUUUGCCAGCCACUGCCAAUAGUUGUGCUGUAGGCAGUUUGAAGAACAAUGACUUUGUCUUCCCCAGGAACUCUGCCGUCUUGCUUUCAUUAAUAUCAAGGAUAGUGAUACAGUAUUUUCCCUUGUCAAAUUACCCCUCCUAUCACUUUCUGCAUGGAACUCUGGUGUAUCAAUAGAAAAUACUAGAAUGAACAGGAUAAAUGUUUUCCUGUGUAAUACUGAUGCUCCUUAGAAAAUGUUUUAUGUUUCUGCAGAGUAAUAGCUGUCUUUCCUAAAGUUCUACUCAGACUUCAUUCUCAGCCAGAGAACAAGGCUUCCUCUUUUUUAAUGGAGCAUCUCUACAAGAGGAAGCCUUGUUCUCUGGCUGAGAAGAAUACAGCGUAUUUUCUUAAGGUGCUUCUUUUUCAAGCAUUGAAGCUACAUAAUUUCUUUGUGGGUUCUUAAAAGACACUAAUGUAUUCUCUAUAUCACAGUCAUGUUACAUUUUAUACAGCUACAGAAUAAUCGCAUAAUGACAGGGUAGGCAACUUUUGUUUUUAUUUUGUUUUUUCUUAAAAGUUAAGGAA